UUCAGUCUCAUCUUACUUGCACAGGCAGUGUCGCCUAGGUCACCCGCACUCCAACCCCCAGUGUGGCGGCUGCUUCACCCAACCCCCACUCCCGCAAUCCCUCCCCAGGUGGGCGACAUGUUGCCGCCGGCGGCGGCGCCGCCGCUCGACGACGAGAACCUACUCACCGAGAUCCUCCUCCGCCUCCCGCCGCUCCCGUCCUCCCUCCCGCGCGCAUCCCUCGUCUGCAAGCGCUGGCGCUGCCUCACCUCCGACCCAGCCUUCUCCCGCCGCUUCCGCCUCCACCACCGCCGCAACCCUCCCCUCCUCGGCUACUUCCACGGAGUUUUUGACGAGAUCCCCUUCGAGCCUAUCCACUUCGAGCCUACUCUGGAGGCCCCCAAUCGCGUUCCGCCCGGGCGCCUCUCCUUGCAGUCUGACUCCAACCUCCAUGUACUGGGGUGCCGCCAUGGCCUCGUAUUAAUCUUGGACUGGCCCCAGCUCCUGGUAUGGGACCCCGUCGCCGGCCACCAGCACCGCCUAGCCUAUCCCCCGGGGUUCGAUCCGGACAAGUCCAACGGGGCGGUGCUCCGCUCUGCCGCCGGUGCCGGCGAGGUUCACUUCCAGGUCGUCUUGGUCGUCGUGUCAGAUUAUGAGGAGAGGUUGCUCGCCUGUGUCUACUCGUCAGAGACUGGGGCGUGGGGUUCUCUAAUCUCAACACCAACUCCAUCCGGGGACUCCCCUGACACCAGGGUUUGGUGGGAGCCCGCUGUGCUAGUUGGGGAUUCCCUUUACUGGAUGAUCGCUGAUACCACUUUGUCCAAUCUCCUUGAGUUCGAUUUGAAGACGGAGAGCCUAGCCGUGAUGCAGCUGCCACCGGAAAAGUCGUGUGAUGCAGAAAGCGGGGUUAGUCACGAGCAUUUCACUGUCAUGCAGGCAGAGGGUGGUGGUGGGCUCGGCGUGCUCUCUGUGUCAGGCUUCACCGUCCAAUUAUGGAAGAGGAAGACCGGUUUCGAUGGCGUUGCAUCAUGGGAGAUGGGAAGAACUGUUGAACUGGACAAGCUUCUCUCUAUGGGUUCACAGGAUUUCUUGACCAUACAAGGGUAUGCCGAGGACAAUAAUUUGGCGUUCCUGUGGACCGGUAAGAGUGUCUUCAUGGUCAUGCUUGAGCCAUUUCAGUGCGAGAAACUUUUAGACACCAACAAGUGGGAUCGUUAUUAUCCAUUUGAAACCGUCUAUGCUGCAGGUACCUAGAUUUGUAUUCUGGUUGCCGAGAUGCAGGAAUUGGCUUCUUCAAUUUGGUUAGUAUAACAAAGACGCAAAGCACCAGCAGAAUGAGCUUCCUCCCUGGCAGCAUUCUGAUGCGAUCAGGAGAUUAUUGUUGUGUCUCCAACUCAGCCAGCCCACUGAUGAAGCCUUGGAGGUCCGUUUCUGAUCUCCAUUGGCCACACCGUCAAGGAUGUCAUGGACCAUGGCGAAACCAAGUGGUGCCUCGAGACAUUUCGUUCUCUCAAGCCACGAGCAAUGCAUCUUGUUUGGACAGCGCUUCAGGUCAUUCUUAAGUCUUAAUCCUUGCCCUGGUGUUAUCUUGUUUGCACAAUGCUUCCGUCAGAGUUAAAUAGUUAGUAUUGAAGUUGCUUGCUUGACCAAUUUACUCAGGUCAAUCCAGCAUUAGUUACUGACCGAUCGGUCGUCGUCAUCAGUAACCAAUGCAUUAAAAGAUUUAAGCUCAGUACAGCCCUGUAAUAGAUAUUGUGAUGUGAGGAGUUCAGUAAAAUACCUUGGUCUUCCUGU